UGUGUUUCUCUAAAAUAUUAAAGGCAAAAAGUGUUACGCAGGCAAUCUUUAAAAGUUUUCAAAUAGGGAGAAAGAGAAUUUAUCCUCGAUUACUUAUCUAAUUUAAGCCACUGAACAAAUGUGGGGCCUGUUUAGUAAGGAUCCUAGUAAGGAGUUUCCUUAUGAAAUACAAGAGCAAGUUGGCCAGGUUCAGCUUGCUAAUAAAACAGUUUGGCAGCUUCACAAUGGGAAACACAAAUCUACUGGUGAAUCAGUUUCUGUAUUCUCCUGUGAUAGCAAGGAUGGAGCUAGUGACGUUCAGUUGGAUAUCGCCAGGAGUGCAGUUAAACGUUUAAAAACCUUGAAGCAUCCUUGUAUCCUGACAUUCAUAGCUAGCGUAGAAUCUGAUAAGGUUGUACUGUUAGCUACUGAGCCUGUUGUACCUCUAAUUGAGAGCCUGGAGAGUCUAGAGGACCGGGGACCUAAACGUAAUUUUUAUAUCGCCUGGGGACUAUUUCAGGUGACGAGAGGUUUAUCUUUUAUGAUUAAUGAUGCUAAACUGAAGCACAACAAUAUUCAUUCUUCCUCAGUGUUUGUAAACAAUGGCGGAGAUUGGAAGAUAUCUGGUUUAGAAUAUGUUAGUUCAGUGGAUCAGGAUUCUCCAAUAAAGGUAAUACCUCUUGAUCCUCCGGAGAAGAAAGAUCCGUCAAAACGCCAGCUCUCUACUCCUUGGUCAGCAGAUACAUGGGGACUAGGUUGCCUGAUUUGGGAGGUUUUCAAUGGUCCCCUGCGGUCCAUGGAUAAUUUGGGAACUCUAGGAGAUAUUCCUAAAGAUCUUUGUCCAGCAUACAAGGAAUGUGUUGGAGCAAAUCCUAAAAAGCGACCAAACCCUAAGGAUCUGUUAGAGAAGAUGAAAAGGUCUCCUGGUUAUUUCAAAAAUGAGUUAAUCGAUGUUCUUGUCUUCUUGGAGGAAAUACAGUUCAAGGAAGAUGCAGAUAAGAAUAGAUUUUUCUCCUCUCUAGCUGCUCAAUUGGAUAGUUGUCCUGAUAUUGUUGCCAGGGGAAAGAUCCUACCACAGUUGAUAAAUGCAUUUGAGUUCAGUAAUGCUGGAUCUGCCAUUCUUGGUCCUGUUUUCAAGAUUGGGAAAUCAUUAAAUACACAGGAAUAUCAGGAAAGAGUAGUCCCAUGUCUUGUAAAACUCUUCUCUUCUAAUGACAGAAAUGCAAGGUUUAAACUACUUAGUCAGAUAGAAACUUUUGUAGAGCAUUUAAAUAAUAAGAUAGUGAAUGACCAGGUGUUCCCUAAAAUAGAAUCCGGAUUUCUGGAUUCUGAACCUCUUAUCCGAGAGAAAACUGUGAUAGCAAUGAUCCAUUUAGCUCCCAAGCUGAAUUACAGCAACCUAGAUGAAAUAGUAAUCUUGAAGCACUUCACUAGACUUGUGAGAGAUGAACAGGGCGGAAUUAGAACCAACACUGUAGUUUGUCUGGGCAAAAUUGCAAGAUAUCUUCAUCCUAAGACACGUCAGCAGGUUCUCCUGGCCUGCUUUAGUAGAAGUUUAAAGGAUCCCUUUCCUCCCUCUAGGAUAGCGGCGAUUAAUGCAAUAGCGGCCACACAACAGUAUUAUACUGUACAGGAGACUGGAGGACGUGUUCUCCCCCUGAUCAGCAGUUCUGUGAUAGACCCGGAGAAGAGUGUACGGGAUCAGGGGUUCAAGGUCCUCAGAGGGUUCAUCAACAAACUAGAGAAGGUGAGCGAAGAUCCGUCUCUGAAGGAAGAAAUGGAGAAAGAGGUUGGGUCGACUAGUCCUGUUGCAGCUGCAGCAGCCGGCUGGGCCAACUGGGCGGUUGGGGCAGUUACAGCCAAAUUCUACAAAUCCAGCAUUGCACCGAAUCCUGGCGCUGCUUCCGGUCCUGGCGGCAGUAGUGGCGGUGGGAGUAAGGAAGGAACACCUCAGCCUGAAGCCCCAGUUCUUACACCAGCUAAGGUCACCACAGGUUCAGAUCGAAAGACAGUAAGUACAGAAAGUUCUGGAAAACAAGAGGAGGGAUGGAAUAUUGACGAAUGGAAUGAUACAGAUAAAGGUGAUGCUGGGAAAGGUUGGGAAGUUGAUGAGAAGGACGGAGGAGGAGAGGAUGGAUGGGAGGAUGACGGAGAUUGGGGAGAACUGGAGGUUGCUGGAGCCAAGAAGACUGCUGCUACGGAUAAUUUCAGCAGUGAUUGGGGAAACUUUGAAACUAAUACAACCAGUCGAUCCCAUGAUCCAUUCUCAGAAAUCCGUCGUGAAGAUGAGAGAAAGAAAAACGAGGACAAGAAGGCAGAAAGGCAGAAAGCCAUUGAAGCAAAAAGAUCGGCGAAGAAAGGACCGAUGAAGUUGGGAGCUAAAAAAAUGAUCGAUUAAAAAAAUGUAAUAACACAACUCUAUCCCGGAAAUCCAAAAUGUCCAAAGAAUCUCCGAAAUUGUGAAAUUGUAAAUAAGCCACGAUUUCUUGGCUAAAAUUGUACUUAAUAUUUUGGACACUGUUAGAAGGAGCUCUCUAAAAUCUUAUUUUGAUAAUUUAAUGUUGGGGUAUUUUUAGAAAUGUUUGCGCUACCAACAGUCUAGCACUCUACUAUCCUUAAAUUAAACAAAUAUUUACUUUACAGUAAGAACCAGAAAACUGGAAUGAACGUCGUCUUUGGUCGCUCUUUUUGACUGAGUAAAUGUCGCUCUGAAGAUUAUAAUAUUUGCUGUUGUCGCAACUGAAAUAUAAUCCCGAUAGCUUGAUCUCGAUAUCCCGAUAGCUUGAUCUUGAUAUCCAUUCCUUAUCUAUGCCUUUCCAUUUCUUCAUU